GAUCAACAGUUGCACCGUAGGUCUCAUCUCGGCGACUACCAGCAAUAAUAGCAAGCGACUACUGCAACAGUGUGAAUAUUGCAAAAACAAAUCCGUCCUCCUUACCAUUCGUUCUCUUCUUACCUCUCUUGAAAUCGCUUUCGCUAACCAACAUCGACAUUUCAUAUUCAAUAGCCUCACAGUUCCCACUUCCUAUUUCCCAACGACUUCUUGCAUUUUCAAGUAUUACUUUGCAGUUUUAAGUCAUAAAGUUUUCUAUAAAUUGUGCGAAAUUGGAUUUAUUAAGUUAUGGAAGCAAUUGAAUAUUUCGACGAUGAAAGUGGUAGUGAAGAUGAACAACCAGUUGUGGAUUAUAAAAUUAAAAAAGCUAAUGAAAUUGAAGAUUGCAGAAUGCCCGAAGAAGAUGUUAAAGCUGAGUUAGACCUCGGUGAACCUCCAAAAGAAUAUUUAGAAUGGGCUGAAAGAGAAUUAGGUGAAACUGAAGAAGUUAAAAAGAAAAGUUUAGAUGAACUAAGACAAAUGAUAAUAGAGAAAAAUGAAUUCACGCCCCACAGAACUGACGACGCCUUUCUUUUAAGAUUUUUAAGAGCGAGAUACUUCAAUUUAAAAUCAGCUUAUCGCUUGUUAUCAAAUUAUUACGAUUUUAAAAGACGGAACCCAGAAGUUUUUGAAGGUGUUCGACUUCAAGAUCUUGAGAAAGCCGAUAAAGCUGAUAUAAUAACCGUUCCACCUUACCGAGAACAAACCGGAAGAAGAAUUCUUUUAUACAGAAUGGGAAAUUGGGAUCCUUCUAAAGUAACCGUAACUGAGUUACUUCAAGCAACAAUGGUGGUUUUGGAAUUAGCUAUAUUAGAACAACGAGCUCAAAUUCUGGGUGGAAUCGCGAUGUUUGAUUUGGAAGGUUUAACAAUUCAACAUGUAUUACAUUUAAGUCCGAGUUUGGCUUCCAAAAUCGUUCAAAUUAUGGUUACUCACUUUCCAAUGAAAAUCAAAGCGAUUCAUAUUGUAAAUCAACCGUGGAUUUUCGAUGUCGCCUUUAAUAUAAUGAAGCCAUUUUUGAAUGAUCGAAUGAAAGAGCGGAUUUACGUUCAUGGAAAUGAUAUGGAAAGUCUUCAUAAACAUAUUGAACCAAAAUUUUUACCACGACGAUAUGGGGGAGUUCAUGAUGAUCCGUGCGUGAAGGAUUGGUUAGAAUUUUUCUUUACGAAUCCUAUAAUACUGAGAGAAUUAAAUUCUUUGGGAUACACAGCAGAUAAAGAAGUUAUUGAACAUGUUUUUGAUUAUUUGAAUAGAUAAGGAUUUGAAAAUGUAAUGUUUGGUGUAUUUCUUAUUCUAAUUUAGGGGUGCUAUCCGCGAUCUUUAUCCAUAAUUAAUUCAUCACCAAAAUUUUUUUAAAUAAAUAAGAAUCUAAUUUUGUGGUGUUUUUAAUGAAAACAUUUGGGGUGAUAUCUGUGAUAUAUAUAUGUAACUUUUGUGGGGAAAUUUCAAAAUGUAACAAAUAAAAAUUCCAAAUAAAAAAUAAAAACC